AUGGAUAUUGACAGUGGUGAAAAUAAUAUAAAAGUGACAAGAGGGGGAAGACCAAGAAAAAGUGAAAAUUUGCGUAAAAACGAAUGGAGAGAAGAGACUAUUACGAAAGCAAGAGUGUCACCUAACGUGCUGAAAUCGCUACAGCCAUGCUUGUUAAAUCAAAAUUUAGAUGUACUGAAAAGUUGUUUAAAGAACGCAAACAGCAGUCACAAGAAGGAUAAAAUAAAUGGACUGGCAGCUGUUUUACCUUUUCUCCUGGCUGGUGAAAUUUGUGACAAUGGAACUGAACAAGAGAGUUCAUUUAUGCUAUUCGAUAGUGCGCUAGAGAUAUUUCUUGGAUACCAACGAAAUCACACAGUAAACUCACUUGAUCGAAACGUAAAGCGACAAUUCCUCCUAGCUAGCUCUCCUUAAAAAUCAAAAAUUUGGUUAGCCUGUGUUCCAGUCCACUACACUGGAACACCGGCUAAAAUUUGGUUUGUGUGUCUUUGUUUGGUAUUCGCAAACUCAAAAUAAGACUUUUGUUUUAGCCAGGCCAGACAAUGUUGAUUUAACCUCUUUCUUACAAGAUAUUAAUCAAAGCACAAUUAUACCAAAAAGGGAGGGACUUGAACUUACAGAAGAAGGCUUCCAAAUGAUCCUUCAGAGCGCUAACACAGAAUACGACAGAAAACUGCUGAAAGCAGCCGCAGGUGCAUGCAAGUCGUGGAAAGAACUGGAAGAAUUAGGGAUUGACCCAAGGAAAAUUAAUGAUAUCACAACAUCCGUACUUUCGUCGGCAGCUGAAUGUUCUAAUGCUCAUAAAGCUAGUCUGGACAUUGUGAAGCAAAGGUUAGUCUCCAAAAUACAGCAACUUCAAGAAGAAAAGUCAUUCAAAGAGCGCAUAUUACUCGCAAAAAGUUCAGUUUGGACACCCCGCCCGACUAGGGGAUGUACAGGAAGAAAUUAAAGCUAUUGAGGAAAGAAUUGAUGGUAUGCAAAGUUUACUCAAUCCAGUUACGAAAAACAAGAGGUAAAUCAAGUGGCAAAGCGACAGGCAGAUCAACUCAUCAAUGGAAAUCGAAUAAAAAGACGAACAUUGUCAAACCAAGGCUCAAAAGAAAAAAUAACGGAAAGUAAUGAAGAGUUUAUGGCCCAGUGUAUUGAAGAAAAGGCAUCAUAUCACGGAAGACUGUACGAAACUGUGAUGUACACAAAUCAAAGAGAAAAGGCAAGAGAUUUACUAAACGUGGUCAAUUUCAAGCAUAUACAAGAAGGAAAGAAAUUAAUAAAGUCCGCUACAACGGCAUACAACAGAGCACGUCCAGCAAACAAGAGAUCAAUACAGGCUAAGAGACACAAGGGAAAAGGCUUAUUUUGUUUUAAAAAACCGCCAAAGGCUGAGGAUAAUCAAAAUGAAUGUACUCAUCACCAAAGGUCUCACGUGAAAAACAUUAAACGGUUUCUGUUUUCAAGUGGGGUUGGAGACCAGUGCAAAUUUUCCCUAGUUAAAAGUUCAGAUGACAAGGCUUAUCUACGACCUGGGACCUCAGAAGGAUUUAGUGGUCAACGAAAGCGCCGGAUACUGACGCCAUCUGCUGAAGAAAGGUCAAGGAAGCUACCUAAAUAUGACUUCCCAGAAAGCAAGGUAUACAUCACACCCGCUACACACAGAAUUCUUUUAGCUUCGUUCUGA